UAUUUCACCAAUUCAUUUCAGUCAUGGAAGCUGCUGAACAAAAGGGGUCAGAGACCGAAUAUCCUAAAAAGCCUCGGCAUCCCGCCAAACUAAAGUAUAAUAAACGGUCUAAUAAAGGUCGUAUAAAUAUUCGGGAUGAAAUAAAGAGAUGGAAACAGCUCAAAAGAGAGAAAGGCUUCAAAUCGAAUGCAGAGUUGGCUACUUAUCUCCUUGACAGGGCAUAUAGUGAUCUUUCAGAAGACAGAUCCAGCAUUUCUUCAAGCUCUCCAAUCUCCAUUCCUCCCAGAGGACGAACUCAGAAAUCAAUGGGGCCUGCACUGCAAACUGAGGCAACAUGGAUGGAUACCCUCAGUUCGGACCAGCUGUCAGACUCUGCAGAUUUGGAAUCAGGACCGAACAGAGUUUUAAAGGUUGAGGUUCUCGAGUUCGGCUUUGAGCAUAGUCCAUAUCAGACAAUCAAGCAAGAAGAGCCUGAACAACAAACAGAGGAUGAAUCUGGUCUGGAUAUCAUGAUUGCUUCUACUGCAGAGUCAUACGGUUUUAUUCCUCAUUGUUCAUCAUCUACAGACGAUGAAAAUGAAAUGCAAUGGGGUGAAAUAAAGGAUGAAUUAGCGGAGACUGCACAGCGACUGGAAGAGCGUUUAGAGGCAAUGAGGUCCUUGUCUGUCCGCGCACCAGAACCCCCUUCAGCGACCAGAGAAAAAGAUAAGGAAGUGAAAUGGAUCAACAAAUCCAGCUUGACGACACUAUUCAGGACCUGCCAUCAGUGUGGAGAGCCGGUACUGGAGUUUAAGACGUUAACAUCAGGGAGCCUCAGCUGGAUUCAGUGGGAAUGUUCAAAAGGACACCUCAUGUGGCUCUUCCACAACUAUAACACCACGUAACAUUCAAUCCAGAUGAGGAAUCAAGCAACUGCACACUAUGUAUAUAGGUUUAGAACGCUGUGAAUAAGAGAUUAUCAGUUUUACUUUGCAAUAAACGAUUCGUAUCUCUUUAUUGGUGUAAGGGAGGUUUGGGAUGCUCUAAAAUUAAAAAUCUUUCAGUUCGUUGGAAA